UAUAAAGCCCUCAGUCUAAAGUCAGAGCACAAACACUACACAUCUAACGUUAUUCGUGCUACAUAUCAUAGACUUGAAAGUAUAUGAGUGUGAAAGAUUUCUCUCAUAGAAUAUAUUAUCGUACUUCUGGCAACAGAGAGGUGUAUUUGCAUCGACUGAUAUUUAUUUCAUAUAUUAUUAAAAACAAAGCUCGUUUAGGGUUUUGCUGUGAUCCUUACAAUCCAGGGAUAAAUUUUCACCUGAACAAGACUGAAACAAAAACAAAAAAAGCAAACCUUCACAAUGGUGUCGAGCAGCGAACACAGAGCCGCCAUGCAGAGCCGACUCGGCCAAGCACUCAAGACCACUGCCCGGAAUGCUUUGCUCCUGCUUUACAAAAACAAGUUCCAGAAGGCGAAUCCGGGAAAGAAACCAUACGACGUCCUGGUGAUGUCCGCAAAAGCCAAAGAGAUUCUGCAGAAGAAUCCCGCGCUGGACAAGACGAUAAAGGAAGACGCGACGGAAAAGCUGGACAUCACGGCCCUAUGUCUUCUCCUUCGGUACUGCUGUGGACUCCGCAAAGAGGCCUCAGCAUGGAAGGACCUCUCUCUUCUGGAAGGUAACAUUUCUGAGCUGCGAAUUCUCCGCAACGCCGACGGACACUGGACGGAGGAGGGCAGCAGCGACUCGUCCGUUAAGGAGUCGUGGGAUCGCAUGGAGGCGGCCGUGACGAAGAUCCUGCAGCUGGGCGACCUGAAAAGUCACGUCCCAAGCUUCAAGAAGGAGCUCCAGGAUAAGAGGGUCGUGAACCCGUUCCAAAGGGUGUACGACGGCGAUGAAGUCAGAGCCUCCAUGCAAGACGAACUGAGAGAGGGCUUCCGCAGCGGAAACAAGACCACGCAAAUGCCCCUCGUGUGGGCUGGGAAGAACUUCGGCUUCCACCACAAGGCCACAAGCACCUACACCAGCAGCAGGUUCUCAGUCAACCGCGAAGGGACGCUGGUUCCUGUAGAGAGUGACGGCGUGGUCGGGGCGCAGGGGGCGUGGCAGACCCUGGUAGUGCAGGGGGAAUCGGGUACGGGCAAGACCUCCCUCCUGCGCUACUUCGCCGACCUGUGGAGCACGUCGCCAUGCCCGCUGUCCUCCCUGGCGGCGUUCCAGUUCGUGCUCUUUUUGGACUGCAACGCCGUCACCACUCGGACCUUCAGAGUGUUCGACAUUCUCAAGGAAGUGUUCCCUAAAGCCACUUCCAAGUGGAGGCCUGCCACUCUCCUGAGGGUCCUGACGCAGGCUGGCAGCAGCGUCAUGAUCAUGAUCGACGCUUUCGACGAGAGGCUGGAGGCUUUCCAGGAUGCCUUUCAGGACUUGCAGAAGGCGUGUCCGGAGGCCUUCUUCCUGAUCACCACGCGGCCCCACUGCGUCCCCGCCAUCGUCAGGCUUUGUGACAGAGAGGUGCUGCGGGUGACAGCUCACGGCUUCAGCAGAGCGAGCGCCAGGAGCUACGUGGGCAAACUGCUAACACUGCAAGAGAGAUCCGGAGACCCGGACGAAUUGCUGCACUUGCUGUCCCACCACGAGGAACUGCUGGCCAUCCCGCAACUGCUGUGCUGGACCACCUGGUUCUGGACGGAGGAGGGCGGCGACCAGUUCUCGACGCUGGGCAAGACCUUCCUCAACGUGACGGAAUUCAUCCUGAAGAAAAUGUGCCACAUCAACGGCAAACGAGUGCUGUCCGGGGAGGUGCCAAAGGAGGGCCAGAAGUGGCUCAGCUUGGUGGCUCGCGUGGCCUUCAACCAUGCAAGGUCAAGCCGGAGUUCCCUGCCAGAAUGCAGUCCGGAAGUGAAGCAGCUGUAUAGUGAAGCCCGUAAACUGCGGCUUCAGCCGCGGGAGGCUGUGUCAAGCUUAAUGCAGUGCGACGAGAGCCGUAUGACAGGUGUGGGGGAGCACGUCACCUUCCAUUUCCUUCACACCUCGCAUGCCAACUUCCUGGUCGCCUACCACAUGUGCGAGACGCUGAAGGGAAACAAGAAUGCGACCAUCACCAAGCUCCUAAAGGGGUUCAAGGACGACAAACAGGCCAUACUGAGCUUCGUGGUCAGUCUCCUGUAUGUGACUGAUAAAGGGAAAAUAGACCUGAAACGGGAGCAAGAAAUUUGUGCGGUGGCCAAAGACUUCGUACACUUCUACGAUAUCAAUUACUAUUUGACACUAAUCGAGGAGAGCGGCCACAGCCAGAGCUUAGCGAAGGCACUUGCUUGUAACAUGCCUGUGGAUACGAGCUGCGUAGAUGCGCUUCUAACACCCCCUUUGCUUGGAACGAGUGGAAUGACUUCGAGCAACGUCCCUCCGGCACCGUCGGGCCAUCUGUGGAUACGAAGGAGGGAACUGAAGCACGCCCAGGCACUAUCCAUGCUGCUCUCUGCUGCCAAGCCAGCACGCCUGUGGCUGCAUCUCUCAGCUCCCGGCUCCUGUGUCUCGGACGCGUCGCCAGCGGAUGCUGUGGCCGCCAUGAGGCUGAUCUCGAAGGCGUACGUAGGCAAACCUCUGUGCGAUUUGAGAGUGAGUGGCCUCGUCAUCAGUACUCCGAUCUCGUGGCCUAGGAACCUGUGGUGGCUGACGCUGGAGAGAGCAAAACUGAAGGGGAGUCUCGGGCUGCGGAAGGGCCUACUGAAGCUGACCUACAGCGAGUGUUCGGGAGUCGAAAAAAUAAGUAUCCCGAGCAGUGUUAAGUCCUUGACCCUUCAGAGAAUGGACGUGGAGGACCUGUGUGUUGGCGAGGGCGUGGAGUGUUUGACGCUAGAAAGCUGCAACAUAACGAAGGUGUGGUCAGUGCCUGCAGGUCUUAAGAAAGUGAACCUAAUAGACUGUUCAGCGAAUGACAGCGCCAUCCUGUCCCUUUCUCGGCAGCAUCGUAUCACGGCCAACAUAGAAACUUCCUUUAAUCAUGUACGGUGAGGAGGAAGUAGAUAUUACUAGUGCAAUAUUUAAGUCAACGAACCACAGAAUUAAAGUUUCCAAAUAACAUGCACAAUUACUUGUAAUAUCCAUUAUCAAAUGCUAUUAUGAUUUACUUACCUAUGAUGUCGAAUGUUGAAGUAUUCUAAAGCAGUUUAAACGACCACAUAUUGUCUUGUAUCGUUAUGAAUACAAUGAUUAUAUGAUAUUAAUAGUGUUCUUAGUACAAACGUUAACAUUGUAAUAAUUGAUUGAAAUCGAUUUAUCAUAGUAUCGUUUUAUUAUUGCGAAUAUUUUACUAAUAAACGUGUCUUUAUAA